AUGGGUCCCCGACAAAAAAAAGAAAUUGAAGCAGAUCCUGAAACGGUCAAAUUAAUUAAAAUUAAAAAAGCACAACAAAGAAUGGCUGAACAAGAAGAAAGAAGAAGGUUGAUGCAAGAAGAAAGUGAAAGAAGACGAUUGCAAAGAAACAGAGAAAGACAAGAGCCAAUUAGAACUUAUGCAACUGCACAAGAAGCUCAAAGAUAUAUACCCAAACCUGGUAACUUUGCACGUAAAAGAGGUGCAAGAAAUUAA